AUGUCGGAACCGGUCAAUUUCAUCACCACUCUCGGUCAGAAACAGGUCUGGCGAAAGAACCGCAAAGAUAUCCUCAACUUCAUCCUGCAAGACGAAGACCGGUUUGAAGGGAUGAGCAUUCAGGUUGUAUUCGACAGUUCGUUCUUCAACUCAUACUUCUGGAGGCUGUUCUCUUCAAGUUUCGGCCUUCGACCGCUACACUCAGCCGUGGAAUUCCACCGAUACAUCUGCAAGUACCUGGACGAAGUCAUUGUCCACAGUAUCCAGAUUGCCAAUCCGCUGCAAUUCACCCUGAGAACGACGGCCCUCCAGCCACUCAGAUGUCACCUCAGGGACCAAGGGGUCCGGUUUCAAAACCUUUUAGUGACAGACAUCAUGUUCCAUCCGGACAGCGAGCCCAAAACCGCAUGCAGCAUACAAGGCCUCAACAAGCGUGGCCCCGUCCUCUUGCCAGUCGGGCCGGAGGACAUCCUGAUCAUUACUAUCGGCUUCUCAGCAUCAGGCCUGUCGACAGGAACCACCGCAACUGCCCCGCCGACAGUCUCCGCCAAGGCAGAGAUGUUACUCGAUCCCAGCUGGUCCUUGUGGUAUGCGCUGGCCAAAAAGUCGCCCAAGUUCGGGAACCCAUCGUCCUUCUGCACCCAUCUGCCCGACUCUCGCUUGGGGAUGUUCGUCAUUCAUCUCCCGCGCUCCGACUUCGACGAGAUCUACACACAUUUGCUGGAGACCAAACCCAUCCUCUAUCACGAGGACGAAACCAUCACGCAUAGCAGCUGGUCCCUGAAGCUCGUGUUCCCACAGCAGGAGGAAUCCGUCGAGCGACCGAAUGGAACACGGUCCAUCCUCGGGUACUGCUUCACGCCCGACCAACUCGGCGAACACACCAGGAAGCCUAUGCACGCCUGCAGUGGCGACGAGAUCUUAGCCGAGGUUCUCGGCUGUCUCAAUCUCCCGCCGGAGGGGAUUAUACUCAGGGCCAGGACCGUUCCCUACAUCCUCCCCCUGGGGCUGUCGCCCCUGUUGAAGCGGGAUCACGGCGAUCGACCGGAGAUUAUCCCACCAAACACAACGAACAUCGCACUGGUCGGUCAGUACGUCGAGAUCCCGGAGGAUACUGCUCUCAUGACGGAGUAUAGUGUGCGGUCCGCGCAGCUGGCCGUCAAUCGAUUAAUGGGCCCGAAGAUGAGUCUCUCGGAAGUGCACAAGUCGUUUCUGGCUGCCAGAUAUGGACGCAAGGCUGGCUUGGACCAUGUGGCUAGCGUGGCGUAAUGGGCUGGGCUGUAAGGCGUGG